AUGUCAACAAGUAAGCAUGCCAAUCCCUUGAAAUUUCUUCUGGAGCCAUCCCAGGAGGGCUAUCUCGUUUGUUCUUCUUGUGAGAAAGCCUCAUUUCCCAAGCUCGCUAAUCUUCGUGCCCAUUGGGUCCGCUGCGUUGAAGUUGGGGGAAAAUAUAGGAGAGAUUUGCGGCUGGGCAAAUCAGUCCUAAUGUCACCAGCUGCACUAGCUCCACGGAAGCGAAGGAGUGUAAACUCACCAGUUCGGUGUCCCGUAAAAGGGUGUUUAUCGGCUUGGCGUCCAAGCCACAUUUAUCCAAAUACGGUCGGUCAGAUUGCACACAUGCUAGCUAGACAUCUGACCGAUAAAGAUGCGUACGCUAUCGCCUUGGAGAUAGGUGACAAACAGCAACUUGGCGAAGUAUUCCCGUAUUUGUCUGUUUCACAGUCCUUUGCGAAAACUCUGAGCCACCCCAAAACCAUAUGUUUGCAAUGUUUCAAAUGUGACCAUGGCGUCCGUAGACCGAAUGAGCUGGUACAACAUGCGCAGCGCUAUCAUCCCUCAGAAGAACAUUAUUCAGGGGCUCCAAAAUGUCCGCUCGAAUGCGGAAGAAAAAUUAAAAGGCGACCAGACCUGUCCGACAAAGUGCUGAGGCUUAUUCAUAUGUUCAGAUAUCAUCUUGAUACAGAUAAAGCUGUAGAAUGGAUCCGCGAUUGGUCACGGUAAUU